AUGGACGACUCGGACCUGAAUAGCUUUAUGAAGCUUAGCCAGCUUCAAGAGCUGAUAUCGGGUGAAUCCCCGUCAGAGUUGGAGGGCGGCAUUCAAACCGGGUUUCGCAUUCUCAGCAGCAUCAAGAAGGCCUUUGCACUUGCAAAAACUGUGCCCGAAAUCGCCGAAUGGGUAAAAUCGUGCGAUAAACUUCAGGCUCAGGCCGCGCCUCAGCCCUCAGUGGUGGGCGUAGUUGGAAGCACAGGAGCCGGCAAGAGCUCAGUGAUCAAUGCAGUUUUGGAUGAGGAGUGCCUCGUUCCGACCAACUGCAUGCGCGCAUGCACUGCGGUCAUCACAGAGAUUGCUUACAACGAGUCGGAGCAAGAAGACCAGAAGUACCGCGCGGAGAUCCACUUCAUUUCCAAAGAUGACUGGGUUAAGGAACUGCGGGUGAUGCUUGCCGAUAUGACAGACGGUCAAGAUGCGCUCGGCACAGAAUACACGAGCGGUGAGAGUGAGGCAGCCGUUGCUUACCACAAGAUGCGUGCUGUCUACCCAUUCUUGGAGAGCGAGGAACUCAGGAAAGGCGAGUUUGACAUUGAUGAACUGGUCGCAGAACCCUCAGUCAAGGAUCUGUUUGGCACCGUUAAGCAGGUUACCGCCCCCACCUCCAAGGAUUUCCUGGACCUUCUCAAGCGGUUCAUCGAUUCCAAAGAAAAAGCGCGCGGUGGGAAGAAGGAGCCCAGUGACUUGGAGUACUGGCCUCUGAUCAAGGUCGUCAAGGUCUUUGUGCGGUCGUCAAUUCUCGAAUCAGGCCUUGUUUUGGUGGACCUGCCCGGUGUUCAUGAUUCAAAUGCAGCCCGAUCUGCAGUCGCUGCGAAGUACAUCGAGCGAUGCUCGGGACUCUGGGUCGUCGCGCCCAUCGCACGGGCAGUCGACGACAAAGUUGCUCAAAAUCUCCUCGGAGACACCUUCAGACGCCAAUUGCAAUUUGAUGGAAAUUACUCGAGCAUCACCGUUAUUUGUUCGAAGGCCGACGACAUCUCAGUGACUGAAAUUCUGAAACUUUUGCCAGAGGAGGCCGAGGCCGCACAGCUCCAUGCUCGCACCGGUCUCCGAGAGACAGAACGCGACAAACUUCAAGAGAAAUAUGACACCGUGAAGAAGGGAUUGUCUGGGAUUGACGGCGAGAUUGAACAACGCCAGGCAGAUAUCAACAAUCUUCGAUCAGCCCUCGACGACCCGAGCGAUGAGGAUGAUCUGAUUUUGUUUUCCCCGGGGGAUGAGCCCGAAAAGGAGCACAUGUCCCGGGAACAAGCAAGGCGGCAACUGCGGGAAACCGAGUCUCGUCUGGCCGAACUGCGUACGGCGCGCAAGGAGUUGAGACAACUAGGUUCUUCGACGCAGAAGGAUCUCAAGGAGGUAAGGGCGGAGAUCAGGUCUCUCAAGUCCGAGACGAAGCAGGCCUGCAUAAAAUAUCGCAAUGGCUAUUCUCGGCCCGCCAUCCAGACACAGUUCGCUGAGGGUGUUCGGGAGCUAGACCAAGAAAAUGCGGCUGACGACGAGGACAACUUCGAUCCUGAUAAUGUUCGCCGUGAUUAUAGCGAUGUCGCCAAAAAGCUCCUCGUUUUCUGUGUGUCGAGCAAGGCAUACCAGAAGGUCUCCGGUCGACUCGAGAACGAUGAGAGAAUUUCAGGUUUCACUCAUCUUGAGGAUACUGAGAUCCCGGCUCUGCAGAGACAUGCUUUGGGAAUCGUCCAAGAGACACGGACAGUAACCGGCCGCCGCUUCCUCAGCGAACUUAGUCGCUUCUUGACAUCGCUUCAUCUCCAAGUGGUGCAGUCUGGUCAACCUCUGAAGCUCGCCGAUAACAUGAGAGAGAAAGAGCUUCAAUCCCUCGCUAAGGCUAUGGAUAGUCUCCAGCUGGAGCUUGUCUUGACGAUCCGACACUCAUUUGUCCGGUCCCAGGAACUUAUAGCUUCCUACGUCUCUCGGAAAUUCAAGUCGGCGGCUAGAGAAGCCUCGGCCGCCGCCAUGCCCACGGUCAAGUCAUGGAUUUGUCACAGGAACAACGGAGGACUGGCAUACGAGACCUUCCGUGCGACUUGUUACCGGGACGGUGUUUUCAAGGGUUUAAAGAGGUCGGUGGACUUCAACUCCGCCCUCGCCGACCCGAUGACGAAACGUCUAGCACGGUCCUGGGAGUACGUCUUCUCCAGUGCUUUCCCCCACAACCUCGAUGUUUUAGCCGAGGCCCUUGGGGAAUCAUUGAGAUCGUUCCGUCUGCAGAUGGAUCAGCGCCCAGAGUUGAAGAAGGCUCCGUCUUUGGCUUUGGUUACUCGGCAGGUGGAAAACCUGGAACGCGAUCUCAAGGACGCCAUGGAAUUCAAAGCUAUGGUCAGCGUCAGACAAAAGGAAGCAAGUCGACUUUUUAUUCCCGCUGUUACCUCGGCGAUGGCGAGCGCCUACGCGCAUUGCGUUAGAGAGCGUGGUAUGGGCUGUUUCAAGCGCAUGAAGGCACAUGUGGUUGCUCACGUUGAUGAGGCGCGAAACACCAUGUUCAAGGCAGCCGUGAAGGACGUGGAGAGCGCUCUUAACGACACCCUCGAACAGCUCGAGGCAGAAGUGGUCAAGAAGGUGGAGGAUGUCGUUGGCCUGGUCGAUAACGGUUACCGCUCUUUGCUCAUCGACCAGAACAUUUUCAGGGCCCUGUCGAGCUCUCGAGACGAGGUUCGGAAUUUGCUCUCCCAGGUUGAUCAGCAGUUCGAACAGGUGUUGCGCCCGGUCAGAGAUGAGGAUACAACAGCCAUGGAUGCCGAUUUCGAAGCAUCAGCGACCGCGCCCGACCCCGGAACGCCACUCAGGAUCUCAGGUUCUGGCUGCGGAACUCCCGUUGCCUCCAGCGCCGAUCGAACGUCCCCUGGAAAUUCCGGUGGCAACGUGCGUAUCAAGAAGGAACCGUCUCUCGAGGUCCUCGCUGAAGACGUUCGUAUGCGGGACGCCUGA